AUGUUUAUUGGUGGCUUAAAUUGGGAAACAACUGAUCAGUCACUCCACGAUUACUUCUCGCAGUUCGGCGAGGUUCAAGAAUGCACGGUCAUGAGGGAUAGCGCAACUGGAAGAUCCCGUGGAUUCGGAUUCCUCACCUUCAAGGACCCCAAGACAGUCAAUACGGUGAUGGUCAAAGAACAUUUCCUUGAUGGUAAAAUAAUCGAUCCAAAGCGUGCAAUCCCCCGAGAUGAACAAGAGAAGACCGCAAAAAUCUUUGUUGGUGGCGUUAGCCAGGAGGCAUCCGAGGAAGACUUCGAAGGAUUCUUUGCCCAAUUUGGACGAGUUGUCGAUGCGACUCUUAUGAUGGACAAAGAUACAGGAAGACCCCGAGGAUUUGGGUUCGUGACAUUUGACAGCGAUGCGGCCGUGGAGAAAUGCCUGGAAUAUCAGCCACUGGAGAUCCUAGGAAAACAAAUUGAGGUCAAACGAGCACAGCCACGAGGCAAGAUGGGCGAAGAAGACGACUUCUCUCGAGGCGGGCGAGGAAGAGGAAAAUUUAAUCGAGAUGAUCGGUUCGGCAAUGAUAAUAGCAACCAAGCCACCCAAGGUAGUCAGAAUCAGGGUCAAAAUAUGAUGGGAGCCGGUGGGAUGACCCCACAGAUGAUGGCUCAGUAUUGGCAGCGAAUGCAACAAUACUUCUCUAUGAUGCAGCAACAGAUGGCAUCCAACAUGAUGAAUAACAUGGGCGGCAUGGGGAAUAUGGGCAUGGGCCAAAUGACACCCCAGAUGAUGAUGCAGAUGCAGCAGAUGCAGAAAAUGCAAGGAGGGAACAGCCCCAAUGCUCAGGGAGGAAUGGGAAACAUGGCCAACAUGCAAGGCAUGAAUCCACAGAUGAUGCAACAAAUGAUGCAAAUGCAGCAGCAACAACAACAACAGGGUGGAAUGAAUGGAAUGAAUAAUAUGGGAGGCGGGCGAGGCUCCAUGGGACAAGGGAACAACCGUGGCAGCUUCUCGGCACAAGAGCAGAUGGCGUUUGAGCAGCAAAAGUACGAGCACCAGCAACAAACUCGCCGACCGGGCAGCUUCCCUGGUGGUCCUCGCGGUGGUGGGUUCCAGAACCAGAAUCCCCAGUCAUGGGAGGGCAUGUACGAUGAUGUACCUCAGCCAGAGGGAGGCCCUGGAUCUGCUGGCCCAGUGCGCAAUAACACACCCAAACCGCCCAAAGGACCAGCUGCAAUCACCCAGGCCAGCGCAGCUCCUGCAAACGCACCAACAGGACCCAAGAACCCCGGCAAACCAACUGGAGGUUUUCGUGGAGGUCGUGGCAGGUACCAUCCUUACGGGCGUUGA